UACAACUUCCACUUGAUUUUUAUAUCCCUUUCUUUGUCACUUCCCUCCUCCCAAGCCCCUUUUUCUGGCAGAACCACACACACACGCAGCGCCAGCCUCCCCCAACUGGCUCCGCCGUCGACUGCCUCUGCACUCGGAAGUUCCGCACCCAAAAGCCACCGGCAAAAGGUGCCUCCAAGCCGUCUGCAAGAUUCUGCUGCUGAUUGCGGCUUUGAUUCUCAGCAAUUCCGACCUCCUCCGUCCAGGCAAAAGGAGGAGGUGGCAGUAUUGAUGGUUUCGUUGUGACCUACUACUACUACUACUACUAAUACGAAGAUGGUCUGGUGUGGUCAUUGCAAAUGUGAUCGUCCUACGCAUCGCGAUGAGAAUUCCUACGUAUGUUGUGGUGUAUGUGGAAAAGUUAUUUACGAUGACUGCUUUACUGAUGAACCUACUUUUGUCAAAGGCGCUGGUGGAGAGAGCCGCUUGGCCGGUUCUUUUGUAAGAUCCAUUGCAAGUGGCUAUUCAGAGUCACUUAGACGGACUUUAGAUAAAGGGUCAGAUGAAAUAAGACGUAUUGUUUUGGUCUUGAAAAUAAGUGGUGGUGAUUCCAUAGUUAACCCGGCUUCUGCUUUCUACAAGAUAGCAGUUGAACGCAAUUUCACUAGGGGUCGCAGAACAACACAAGUUGCAGCUGCUUGCCUUUAUAUUGCAUGUCGACUCAGUAAAUAUUGCCUGCAAUUUAUGUUGUUAAACAGGACAGUUGAACCUCCAAAGCCAUAUCUUCUUAUUGAUUUUUCAGAGACCUUAGGGAUAAAUGUGUAUGUAUUAGGUGCUGUGUUUUUGCAGCUUUGCCAACUGCUAAGCCUUGGAGAGCAUAAUAUCAUUAAAAGACCUGUUGAUCCCACCCUUUUUAUUCCUCGUUUUACAGAAAAGUUAUUGGAUGGAAGAAAUAUUGAGGUUUCUAGAACUGCAAUGCAUAUCAUAGCUAGCAUGAAGAGAGACUGGAUGCAGACUGGCAGAAAGCCUAGUGGGCUCUGUGGUGCAGCAUUAUAUAUUUCUGCUCUUUCACACGGGUUUAAAUUUUCAAAAUCAGACAUUGUUAAAAUUGUACAUAUUUGUGAGGUAACAUUGACAAAACGAUUGAUUGAGUUUGAGAACACAGAUUCUGGGAAGCUGACUAUUGAGGAGUUAAACAAGAAUGCCCUGGAGCUCAAAAAAAGCACAUUAUCAUCUUCUGGAUUUGAAAAGUCGGGAGAAAUUCUUUGUGAACAUAAAGACAGUGGUCAACCUCCAUUUGCACAUGGACUUUGUAGAAGUUGUUUUGAGGAUUUCAUUGAACUUUCUGGAGGACUUGAUGGUGGAUCAGAUCCUCCUGCUUUCCAGCAUGCUGAAAAAAUAAGAACAGCUGAGGAAUCUGCUAAGAAAUUGGAUGAGUCUGUUGAUGAUGUUUUGCCUCAGAAUGAGAGAGAAACAACUGAUCACAUGAGUGAAACAAAUGUUAGAUCUUCCGCUGAAACUGGCCAGAAUAUGACCAAGAACGAAAGAUUUGUUGAAACUGCAGAGCUUCAGAGUAAUACUUACUUUGUUUCAGUGUCUACUAUUGGAGAUCGGAUGACAGUAGAUGGUGCUUCUGAUACCUGUCCUAAAUUUAACGAUACAAGUACUUUUACCAGUGAUGAAUCAGAUGGCCUCUCUGAUAUUGAUGAUCUUGAGGUUAGCGGCUACCUUAACAAUGAGGAGGAAACACGCUUCAAAAAGAUUAUUUGGGAAGAAAUGAACAGAGAAUAUCUGGAGGAACAAGCAGCAGCAGCUGCUGCUAAAAUGGAAAAUGGUGAGGCUAAUUCCAAGAGUUCUACAGCAAAGUCGAGAAAGGAGCGGCGUAAAAAACAAGAUUCAAAUGAGAAUCCUGCUCAAACAGCUGCAGAAGCAGCCCGCCAAAUGCUAAGCAAGAAGCGAUUCAGUUCGAAAAUCAACUAUGAUGCGCUGGAGAAAUGCUUUUCUGACGAUCCGCCUCCUCCAAAUAAGAAGCCAAAUUUAUCAAGUCAUGAUGAUGAAGCCACUACACAAAGCGUGGGUGGUAAACAGCAUGAUUUGGGCACUGUGGACAAUGAAAAGGAGCUGGAUGAGGAAUACGAAGAUAUGGAAGAGUAUGAUAUUGGCCCGAACGACCAUGAAUAUUUGGAAGAAGAUGUGUAUGACUAUGGCUAUGAUGAUGGUGAUGAAGAAUACUGAUGUUAGAUAUUUUUCUGUGCAACUGAGGUAAGAUAUCCGACUUUGUAGAAAUUCCUUUUCCAACUUGGUCAGCCAUUCUUCACUAUAAUACAAUAGUAUUCCAUUUCGCUGGUUUGAUGGAUGUUAGCGUGUAGCUGUGAAAGAAUUGCCAAUGAGUUCAUGAAAUGUUCUAUAGAAUCAAGUUUUGCCCUUUUUGCUUCUUUCCCUCUUCUGGAGAUAUAUUUUCUUGUGUAUAUUUUAAAUAAUCAUGUUCCUUUAACUCAGCAUCAUUCCUUCUUGUAAUUAUAAUAAUAAUAAUAACAAAUUGUUUUAUAGUUACAAAUUUUGUAUUUUUGUUU